CUCUCUCUCUCUCUCUCUCUCUCUCUCUCUCUCUGUCAGGACAAGGACGCCCACACCUUGUUCACAACUCAAGGCAAGGCCGGACCGGUAAAGCCUGUCACGGACCGUGAGCUCUGACAGGAACUUUAACCCCUGACGAUCCAAAGAGAGAGAAAUUAAAACAGAAAACACGAAUUCACUCAACCACGUCGAGCGCACGUUGUACCCUCGAGCAAGACCCCCUCCCCCCUCUUUCUGCUCUGCACCUGACCCCUUCCUCCUGAACCUUUCUGCAAGCAGAACAAGGCGCAUCUCCUUACGGGGGGGAAUCAAUGAGGUAUCGCGUUAUACACGAUGUGCUUUGAUGCUGGUACCUGUCCUCUUCCUCUCCUGUUCUCCCUCCCUCCCUCCUCAUCGCAGCCUUCAUCGUCCCCUGCGCACCGCACGGCUCUCCCAUCCUGACUGUCAUUUAUUCUUUAUCCACCCACACCACCACCACCACCAUCAACGCCACCCGAGAAUCAUCCACACACAGGGAACAUUGUGUAGAGGAGAGAGGCAUCGGCCAGUGCGUGUCAGCUGAGAGAGAGAGAGAGAGAGAGAGAGAGAGAGAGAGAGAGAGAGAGAGAGAGAGAGAGAGAGAGAGAUCCUCCCUGGCACACACCCGUCAGUGUGGCAGUGUGAUUUUGACUGACUGGCUGACUGACUGACGGGGGAUUCUGGAGGAAACACACGGGAACGGGACGACACGCUCUCCUGUUUUCUUUUUUUAUUCACACCUUUCUCGCUGUCUCGUCUGUUCUGUCAGCGUCGGCCGAUGGUUUUCUAGCCGCGCCGCCUGAAUCCACCUCAGCACCGGAUUUGUUUUGUGUGUGUGUGUGUGUGUGUGUGUGUGUUGCUUUAUUUCUUCUCUCCUUGAUUGGCUGAACCGGGGCUGAUCCCAGGCAACCUGGGCCGGGGCCGUGGGGCUGUUCAGCGAGCCUUGUAGCUGAAGUUCGGCACCCGAGAUGAGCGCCUUGAGACCCUGGAGCGGGGCUCUCUCUUCGUCGCCGGGGAGAGGGUCCGGGUCGUGGCGGUGCCUGUGGUGGUGGUGGUGGGUUCUGGCGGUCGGGGUGGCGGUGGGCUCGGGAGAUCCGUGGAUGUCCGCGGAGGCAUGCCCGUCGUCUUGCUCCUGCAGCAGCACCAGGAUCUCCUGCGUGGACCCGGAGCGGGGUAUCAAUGCUUUCCCCGUCCUGCAGAGCGAGGCGGAGAUGGAGAACAUCACCGACAUUUACAUCGCCAACCAGACCAGCUUCUCCUCCAUCAACGACAAAGACCUGCACUACUACAAGAAUCUCAGGAACCUAACGGUGACCAGCAGCAGGCUAACAUAUGUAUCGAAGCUGGCCUUUCAAAAUAACAUCAAGCUACAGUACCUGAAUCUGAAAGAUAACAACCUGUCAUCGCUCUCCUGGAGGAUAUUCAGACACCUCAACAUCUCUUAUCUGAUCCUGUCAGGAAACCCUCUACACUGCUCCUGUGAGAACAUGUGGAUCAAGCUGUGGUUAGGAGAGGAAGCAGACACUCAGGAGUUGCGCUGCAUUGAGGAUGGAGGACGCAAGCUGCUGUCCAGACUGACACUGCCUAACUGUGAGGUUCCCAUGGUAACGUUGAACCCCGCCAAAGUGACAAUAAUGGAAGGGGAAAAUGUGGAGCUGUCCUGUACAACCUCUGGCGUGCCCUCACCUGAGCUGAUUUGGAACAUGGGACUGGUCACCAACUAUGUGAUCGAGACAUCAGGCCAGAUUUCGGUGCUGCGACUGUCCAACGUUUCCUCCCUGGACCACAACAGCAAGAUCAGCUGCACUGCUGAGAACAUUGUGGGGGAGAAAGAAUCAUCUCUGUUGCUGGAUAUACUUUUUCCUCCCAAAAUCACUAAGCUGAGUGAUGCAAUCUCAGACCAUCACUGGUGCAUCCCUUUCAGCGUGUCAGGAAACCCAGUGCCGCAGCUACAGUGGUUUCGGGAUGAUGAGGUGGUGACGGAGGGGCUGUACAUCAUGACCAUGAUCCACGACAUCACAGAGAGGGAGUACCACGGCUGCCUGCAGCUGGACAGCCCCACACACCUCAACAAUGGGAGGUACAGACUGGUGGCUAGGAACAAAUUUGGGUUUGACCAAAAGGAGGUGCAGGCUCACUUCAUGCACAAGCCCUGGGAAGGAACUGAGAAGGAGCCUUACUAUUAUGACGGUCCCCCUGUAGAACCACCUGAGGAUAGAGUCGCUGUGUAUGUGGUGGUGGGCAUUGCCGCCGUAGCCUUCACCGGUUUCCUUCUAAUGUUGGUCAUUCUCAAGUUUGGCGGAAACUCCAAGUUUGGCAUCAAAGGACCAUCUUCAGUGAUCAGUAACGAUGAUGACUCAGCCUCUCCCCUUCACCAUGUCUCCAAUGGCAGCAACACUCCAUCGUCCUCAGAGAUGGGCCCUGACGCUGUGAUCAUCGGCAUGACCAAGAUCCCAGUGAUAGAAAACCCACAGUACUUCAGGAGCACAAACAGCCUGCUCAAAACUGACACGUUUGUCCAGCAUAUUAAGAGACACAACAUCGUGCUGAAGAGAGAACUGGGAGAGGGAGCCUUCGGAAAAGUCUUCCUAGCUGAGUGUUACAACCUCUCACCUGACCAGGAGAAGAUACUGGUGGCAGUCAAGACACUUAAAGAGGCCAGUGAAAAUGCCAGGAAGGAUUUCCACCGUGAGGCUGAGCUCCUGACCAACCUUCAACAUGAACACAUCGUCACUUUCUAUGGAGUCUGUGUGGAGAGCGACCCUCUCAUCAUGGUGUUUGAGUAUAUGAAACAUGGAGAUCUCAACAAGUUCCUCAGGGCUCACGGACCAGAUGCUGUUCUGAUGGCAGAGGGCCAGACCACCAGACCCGUGGAGCUGACCCAGUCUCAGAUGCUGCACAUUGCCCAGCAGAUUGCGUCUGGCAUGGUCUACCUGGCAUCACAGCACUUUGUGCAUCGUGACCUGGCCACUAGGAACUGCCUGGUGGGUGAGAACCUGCUGGUGAAGAUUGGAGACUUUGGCAUGUCCAGAGAUGUCUACAGCACUGACUACUACAGGGUCGGAGGUCACACCAUGCUACCAAUCCGUUGGAUGCCCCCUGAAAGCAUCAUGUACAGGAAGUUCACCACUGAGAGUGAUGUUUGGAGUCUAGGAGUUGUUCUCUGGGAGAUCUUCACCUAUGGAAAACAGCCUUGGUACCAACUCUCCAAUAAUGAGGUGAUAGAGUGUAUAACCCAGGGCAGGGUGCUGCAGCGCCCCAGGACCUGUCCUAAAGAAGUGUACGACCUGAUGCUGGGCUGCUGGCAGAGAGAGCCCCACAUGAGACUCAACAUCAAAGAAAUCCAUGGUCUGCUCCUUAAUCUGGCCAAGGCCUCGCCUGUAUACCUGGAUAUACUAGGCUGAACACAAGAGGAGGGAGAAGGAGAGUUUUGAAUGUGUGUGUAUGUGUGCGAGAUAUGUGUGCUGAGGUGGGAAUGGUUACUGUAUCUAAGUGUGUAUGUGCAUUUGAGGUUGCAUGCGUGUGUGCGUGUGCUGCGUGUGAUACCUCUGAAUGAAGCGUGUGCGUGCAAGGUACCGUUGUACAGGAUGUGAAGCUAUUAUCGAACUCUUAAAGGCAAUCAAAAAGUUCUUCAACUCAUCCCCAAUCGCCUCUUUCCUCCCUACCAAUUUCUUCUCCUUUGUGCAUCUCUACUCCUUCCCUCCUUCCUUCCUGAAGAGACAUUUACGAAGAGUAAUUUUACUUUGGAGGAAAAAAAAAAGGCUUCUCACUUCUUUUCAAAUGCUUUAAAGUGACUGGGGCUAAAUUGAUGAAACCUGAUUAACAGGACAUUAAAAUUUAGUGAUUCAUUCAUCGCUGUCUGUCGGACAACAGGACUCGUUUGAACAUCCAGAAAUUUCAAGGAGGUGCGGCGAAGCUUCAAUCCUUUGCGUGUAAAUAUGAGACUGUGCGACAUUUCAGAGGAAAUGGCUCUGCGAGAUGUUGAGCCAUAAAGACACUGUGUUUUCCCCUCUCACCCUGUCUGUCUAUCUGUCUGUCUUUCUGUCUGUCUCUCAAAACUGCACACGAGUUUUAAAUGUCAGCAUUCAUCCGACAUGGCUUGUGGAAAAGACAAAAUGACAAAUGAUGAUUAACACACUGGUUAACAUAUAGAGGACUGACUGAAAAGAGUGAUGACCAAAAACAGGAGGAAACGAAAACACUGGUUUUCUGCCUGUCAGAUAAAAUCAGGAGGUGAGAUGGGAUGAUUUCUGGUUGGCCAAUUUCACUGAUUACAAAAAAAUGAGACUAACAAUACAGUGCCAACUGAGGCUUAACUGAGCUGCUGUGAUGGAAAAAUAAGUGUGAAAGAAGGCGGAGUUAUUCUACUUUACUGUAACUAAAUGACAAAUAUAAAAAAAACUGUUUAAAAAAAAAAAAAAAACCUUGAACUAUCUGGCAUUGAUCUACAGUAUCUCCUCAUGCAACAGAUUGAUAUACAUGAUUUUACAGAUAUAUGCACUCAUACCUGCAUACUGAAUUUUAUCUUAGUUUUCUGUUACAUAUUACUUUUCUCAGGCUUUGACUGCACUGUCAUACAGCACAGGGUAACAUGAUGACCAUCCCCACUCCACCCCAGCCUCCCACCGAAGUGACAGAUGCUUCACUUGUGAUGUCGAGCGCUCGUGUCGUAGGUCAAUUGAUUCAUUUGUCCGCAGCUGUCCGACAAUUGCGAGGUCUUGGUGUUGAGGGUGGGGGGAGGGAAGGUGUAAAGGUUGCUAAGGGAGGCUGGCUUUUGAGUGGUCAGAUCACGGUCAGAUGUGUGGGUGGCGGCGCUGUAGAAGGUGUGGUUCAUUUGGUCAACCCAUAUUAAAUCAUCAAGGCUCUCAGCACUCAGACAUCCUUGAAAACCACAUCUGUGCCAGAGGGGAUGCACACAACACACACACACACACUAUAUACCUUCUCCCAUCAUCCCGCCAUCUCCACACUCUCUCACUCACACACACACACACACACACACUGAAAGACACUCAAAACGGGCCGAGAAGGAAAUUGAAUUGUGCAUGUUUUAUUAUUUGAGCGGUGCAGUGCUUUAGCCAGGCCCUGUCCUCUGUAAUGGUGUAAUGUAUAUUUCAUUACAGCCUAAUGGGCUCCAUUAGCACAGUCUCCUCACAGACAUUCAAGACUUAUUGUUUUAUGGCUGAGAAGGAAGGAUGGAGGGAUGGAGAGGAGACGAGAGGUGAAGGAGAAGAAAACAGAAAGAGGACUGAGGAGCAGUGGAGAGGAGAAAUAAGAGGAGAGGUAAUAAUGCAUAUUGAGAAGAAAUGGAGAGGACGAGAGAGAGUUCCGAACAGAGGCAAUGGGGUAGAAAGGAGAAGACAAUGGAGGUGGAAAGGUAUGAGUGGGUCAUGUAAGGAAAAAACGGAAGGAGAGAGAGAAGAUAGCGGAGUGAAAAAGGGCAGAGAGGGAAAGAGAGGAGGUGUGAAUGUCCUCAGGGAGAAAGUGAGAGCGAACAUCCGUCAUUACUGUGGCCUGCAGAUGUUCUAAUAAGCCACAACUUCAACUUCACGCUCCCAUCACAUUCCAAUGGCUGCCCUCAACCACAUUCACACACAAACACAGACACACGCACAAACACUCCCCACACACAUUUUAUUGGCAGUCCACCAACAGCUUACACUCAAAAUAAACUCAAUAAUGCACCACACAUCCCCGUGAUGAAGAACCACUUCACUCACUUACAGUACAGCUCACAUAUCUGGUCAAACACUUACAGACACACUGUAUAUACAACAGCUCACAUGCAUGCGAGGAAAAACAUUUAAUGUUUGUUUUUGCAUUUUACUGGGGCAUAUUUUACUCUUUACAGACGUAUAAAGAAGUCAUAAUCACUGCAGUUUCACUAACAGCCAUUUUAAUUAGAUGUAAAUCAUCAAUCUGGAAUUUUAAGUCUUAUUUGUUUAUUAACAACAGCACUUGAUGGUAUUGAUGUUUGUGAACUUGAAAAUGUUGAUUUUAUUGAUUUAUAGUAUUAUCAUUUAUAAAUUAAGAAGCAUUUUGUACAUUUCUUUCUAUAUCUAAGGUUGCCUUUUGCAACAACAAACCGAUUGAACAGUGAAUUGAUUAUGUUUUAGCAAAUGUAUAAGAUAAUCUUGAGUGUAUAUGUAUUUUUAUGUCAGGCUCCCUCUUAACAGCUACCUAGCCUGUCCUCAUGUACAGUGUACUCUACAACAGGGAUGGAUGUCUCACCAGUCUGUCACAUUUGUAGAUUUAGUUUGACAUAUUGCAAAAUUAUUGUCACCUGUCAGCGCACGAACGAAGGGGUUAACGGCUGCAGCAUUGACAGUGCAGUGCUAACAAGGUCCUCAAAAUCCAUCCCUGCUGUAUAGUGAAGUAGAGUUUGCACUGAGUGAGCGCACUCAACUCAAUUAAAAAAAAACUUGCUACACAAUAACUGUGCAAUAACAGAGGGCAGGAUGUGUGAGGGCCUGUGUGUGAGCUGGAAAAAACUGUGAGAAACAAACACAGUACGAACGCCUCCAAUGUCAAAAGAGUAGAGUACCUGCUGUGUUUCCUUUCUUUUUUUUUUAAAUAAUGAACUGUGUCAAGUUGGAUGGGGUGAUGUUUUGACAGUUACAGGAAGAGGCUGUGUUUGUUAUGACGAAAACUUGUCAGCACAAUGCAGGAGCAUUCUGUGAAACUUUAACACAACUCUGGAUGAAGAGCGGCUGUCUUUGCAUCAAUGCCUCAGAUCAAAGAUAUUGGUCAAACAAAGAAAAAAAAGGAGGAAAAACAACAACUGCUGUAUGAAUGGACACCUCAGAAAAGGAGGGACUGACAAUCACAGACUUCUCUCUUUCUCUCUCUUAUUCAAGUGACCUACUGUAAAAUAGACUAUUCAACCAACUUUCCUCUUCUAUGCUGCCUAUACUGUACGUGAUAGUCUUAAACUUUGGUCUCUAGAAGUGCUACUUUUUCUUUUUUUUGUAAAAUGAAAUAACAGCGAGAGGAAUGAACAAAAAUACAUGUACAAAUGUGAAUAAGCUGCUGAAAGAAAUAAGCGUUGCUAACUGCUGUGUCCGAGACUGUGUCAGUAUUUAGAUUGUACUAUUUUCUUCUUUUGUCUUAGAAGUGGAGGGCAGAGAAUUGGGAAGCUGCAUGGGACUCACAAAUACACAAAAUGACAUACAGCAGGCCCCAGGGAUGCAGAGCGAUGUAUGCUAAUUCUCCCGGCGGUGUGUUUGUGUGUGUGUGUGUGUGUGUGUGUGUGUGGAGAAGGCUGAUUGAUGCCAGAGUGAGUCAUGAGGGAUCCGUAGGCUGGGUUCAGACUCUAGCCAAAUCCUAGUUCAAAUGCAAAGAGAUUCAAUGUAGGAAUCCGGAAUUGAUUUGUUGUCGCUGUUCACCAAUUCAUGAUAAAUGACUUUACCUAGUCGUGUAGGACUGAGGUUGGUAUUAUGGCAGCUAAGAUUUAUGGAAUCACUCAAUUGCUUUAUUUAUGACUCCAAAAUCAGCCUUCUUCUCUACACACUUUACAUAAGACUGGGUUUCAGAGAAAUAUAUGAGCAAUAUUAACAGAUAUUUUCCUUGCCUAUAUAUCGCCUCACUUUUACAUAAACAUUGAGCUGAGUUUGGGCUAAACCAUGUAACUCAGUGGACUGAAGCAUAUUACACAUACAGUACAGAUACACGUCACAACUUUGGGAGUGUUAUUAUCCAUAUCACAUUUAUUCUCCUCUCUCUCACAACCCCAACAUCACAGUCUAAGCUAAUAGAGCUGAAAUAUCAUAAAGGUCAUCUUGAAGAUUACCUUUGUGCUUGGAUGCUUCUUAGAGCCCUUAAGCCCUGAAGAAUGUAAUAUCACAAAAACGGCUUCUCUGCACAAAAAAAGAAAAAAAUUGAAUAAAAAAGAAAAAAAAAACAAGAAAAAAUAAAAUAAUGAAACUGUGAUUUUGUUAUAUGCAGUAUCUCUGUUUUUCAGUACCAGAUUUUUUGGAUUCUAUGCUAUUUGUCUCUGUGUUUAGAGGUUUUCGCUGCUACCACUGUGGUAGAAAAAAAGGAGGAUUUUGGAUGUUUUGUAGAUGUUUGGAUUGUAAGAGGCUUAAAAUAGGAAAGAGGACAAAACACUGUAAAGGAUUCUGUAUGAGAGAGAUGUUAAAUGUUCUUUCUAUGCCUAAAAAUGCUCUUCAAAAUGUUAGAAACAGUUGUAUUGCUAAGCACACAAGGUAAUUAAAAGCUGGAACUAUUCUGACUGAUGCCGCUAAUGUUUGUCUUUGCAAGCAGGUUGUUAUUUGGCGAAGCAAAAGUUUUGAUGCCACCCAUCUGUGCUUUGGUGGUGAACACACACACACAAACUCACACCAAAACACACACCAGAGGGAACUUGUACAGUCAUACAGUUGCGUGGUGGAAAUGAUCAUAGUGAGUCAUGAUGGUAAUGAUGGUAAUGGUGAUGGUGAUGAUGAUGAUGAUGAUGAUAAUAUGAUUUCUCUCUGAACGUGGACCAGUCUGUCGUGAUACAAUGUAAUUAAUAAAAAGUGUUAUGUCA